GGUGUUUUAAUCUGUUAAAUGAAACACAUUAUCAUUACAUAAGCAAAUCCAUUGAUCAAUGAGAAAACAGGAUAGUGCACAUUGGUUUUUCGAAAAGUCUUGCAUACUGUAAUUCUUAGAUUUGCUAUUAGUCUAAUAUAUUUUUAUAGGAAUUUUCUGUGAAUAAAACAGGUUAAGAACAUCGAUAAAGGCAUACAGGAGGAAAAUGUUUUUGGUGAUCAUGUCUGGUAGCGUUGCCAAACAGGGUUGCGUAACUUUUUACCCCUUUGAGAAUUAUAUAAUGCAUUGUUCUAGAGAAUUUCAAAAGUUAUAUAACUUUUUCCAAAGUAAUUUCAAGGAGAUAAUUAUUAUUUUUGCAUGAAUUUUCCCAAAAUUGAUAAAUAAAGAUUUUCGCCUAAAAGACUUAUCUUAGUGAGACGAUUUAUUUGUGAAUAAUUAUUUGCUCUCACACUUUAGUGAAACAUGUUUUUAAUCAGUGGCUUAUGGUUAAAUUUUUUUUCAUUUUUUAUUUUUUUCAAUGUUGGUGGGUACCAUAUUUCUAAAGAACCUGAAAGAUGACGCUCAUGUGUAAUAAAGUUGGAGUGUUGAUGUUGUAUUUUGUGUUUGUUGACAGUCGUGUGAGUACAUCCAAUAUUUCAAGUUGUCUUAAAAAAGGUAGACCGAUACGAAUAAUCAUACUUCCUGGUGAAUGGGUUAUGUUUAAUUGCAGUGUAAAUCACAACGAUUUAAAUGUUCAAAUUCUGAACAGCAAACGAGAAAUUUUACAUGUUGACAACAGCCAAAUAAAAAUUUUGAGCAAAAAUGUUUUCAAUGUUACAAACUUGACAAAAUCAGAUAAAUACACCUGCAACCGUUGCCAAGUGCAAUACAAUAUCAUGGUUCUAUCAGAAAUUCCAUCCUAUCAAGUACCUUUAAUCACGAAAGAACCAGACAAAACCAUAUAUGAUUACAAGGAACGUGUUACAUUGAAUUGCAAGCUUAUUGGCCCUUCAUAUUUAAUAGCAAUUUAUUAUAGAAUAUCAUGGAAAAGAAAUGGUAAGACAGAAAAGAAAUGCAAAAGAGACUGCAAGUUGCCAAUUAACAUAACACCUGAAAGCGUAGGAAGCUACGAGUGCUCAAUUGAAAGAAAACUCGUUCACUACAAAUCUUCUCAGAAAGUUACGAUAAAACUCAAAGAAUUCAUCAAACCAAAUAUUUAUAUUGAAAAUGACGCCGACGUGUUUUCCCUUGGUGAAGGAAAGAAUUUAACGUUUACCUACAACGUAACGUCUUAUCCUGCUGCCGAUAUCUUUUGGUGGCGUUUAAAAGAUCAUGAACUCAUAACAAGUUGUUUUUCUGCUAAUAACCUGUGCAAAAACCACACUGGACCAGAAUAUAUAACAAGAAGCAAGUUUGAAGUUAAAUCUGUCACAUUUCCUAAUUACAAUCGAUCCUACAAGAUAAAUGCCACCAAUAUCAAAGGAUAUGAGAUGAAGACCAUUUCAAUACAAGUCCUCGUUGCACCUAAAAUUGAAAUCAACAAGCAAGUAAUACUUUUGAAGAAAGGAUUUUCGGUUCUAAACUGUAGGCUAAACAAGAUAUAUAACCAACGACCAGUAACCUUCAAAUGGUUCAUCUGCAAAUUUGAUUUCUGUAAAGAACACAAUAACGAAGAUUGGAAAUAUAUUUCAUCCAACUAUUCGUUAACAGUACAGAAUGAGGGCAGGUAUCGCUGUACUGCCAACAAUACAGGUGGAACAGAUACAUCACCCAUAAUAACAAUAAUCAAGGAAUCCAAACCAACAGGCAGGAAGAAAAUUUACGGUGGUUUUUAUCUCCUUUCCUAUCCUCCUAUGCCUGACUACAUUGAAAAGAUUGAUAUGAAUGGAAAUAUACAAGAGCAAAUACAGAAGCUUCCAUUUAUACCUGAGUGGGAAUUUCCCAGAGAAAGAAUAACUUUCAUAAAUGAGCUGGGAUCUGGUGAAUUUGGGGUAGUUUGGCUUGCAGAGGCAGUUGGUAUUUCAGCAUUUCAUCCAAGAGACAUCCUGAGAGAGAAAGGAAGUCGAAGAAGGUUUCCUUUCAUUAACAGAAUGGUCAAAAGAAACAGCUACGUGUACAGCAGAGAAGUUACUAAAGUUGCUGUGAAGAAAACCAAAGAUGUUGGGGACCAAAACAAUGUCAUUGAUUUGCAGUCAGAGUUAAAAAUAUUGAUUCAUGUUGGCGAAAAUGAAAAUAUUGUGAAUAUUCUGGGAGCUUGUACAAAAGGUAAAACAACAAGUUUAUGGAUUAUAAUGGAAUUCUGUGAACACGGAAAUCUUCGUCAGUUUCUUCGUGACAGUCGAGACAGAUACAAUAAAGAUGAAGAAUUCCUGAUGAAUGAUUUAUCAUUAGAUUUUGGACCUAAGAAUCUAAUUCAGUUGGCCUAUCAAAUCACAAAAGGAAUGGAAUUCUUAGUUUCAAGAAAGAUCGUUCAUCGAGACCUGGCUGCACGCAAUGUACUACUUGGUAAAGAUUUCACAGCCAAAGUUGCAGACUUUGGUUUGGCAAGAGAUAUUUACAAGUAUCAAGCUUACAAGAAAAACACACCAGGAUUACUUCCUAUAAAAUGGAUGGCAAUCGAGUCAAUCAGAGAUUCUAUUUAUACGGAAAAGACAGAUAUAUGGUCAUUUGGAGUAGUUCUGUGGGAGCUUUUUACUUUGGGUGGGACUCCGUAUCCAGGAAUACAUGUCAGUAACGUGUAUCCGGAUUUGCUGAGUGGAAAAAGAAUGGAACCACCAAUUUAUUGUCCAGAGAACAUAGUUGAUUUGAUGAUGACAAGCUGGAAUGAAAAUCCACAACUUCGUCCAACAUUUGAAGAGAUGAAGAGAGUGUUGGAAGAAAUUGUUUCCGUAGUUUCGCCGAAUGAAGCUUUUGAGAAUUGGAAAAAUGAAGAAAAAGAUCAAGAUACGACUAUGAAAACUGUAGAGUUUGGGGAAGAAAUCAAUGGAAUAAAAAUAGAGACAAUUCCAAUGAUAUGACCUUCAUAUUUGGUAGUGCAUUUGUUAAAGUUUGACAACACUACUAUUGUAUAAUUUGCCUUAAUUUUGUCAUAUAGACCUUCAUCGUAAAAAAUGUCUACUUAGUAUAAUGAAUUCUGUGCAUGAAAUAUCUAAAUUUUUUUCAAUGAUAAAAUGCCUAUUUCUUGAACGUAAAUUUAAUUUUUUAGUUAUCUUAAAUAACAUAGCUACUUUGUUGUUUGUGACUUUAUCUUCACAGUAUGAUUUAAAUCAUUAUUUACAGUAAAAAUCACCAUUUUUUCUUUCUAUUUGAGUGAAAUAAUUCUAAUAUCAAUACGUUUAAUUAAAAAAAAUUAAGUCAUGGACAAUA